AUGACUCCCUCGACGCCCCCAGAAUACCUACCAGACCUAGACUCCAGCGAGGUCACAUACCCAGGCUCUGAGAUAUUACCCCAAGCGGCCCCUAUUAAUCCACAAGAACUCAAAUACGAUAAAUAUGGCAAGAAUCGACAAGGAUGGCGGAGAAUCGUUGUCAACUUUGGGCCUUCUUGGUUCACUGUGACCAUGGGCACUGGCAUCACGUCUAUUCUGCUACAUAACCUACCUUAUCAAGGACGAUGGCUGUUUUCCUUGGCAAGUGAUUACCGAACAAUCCCCGUUGGACUCGCUACUAUAAUCAACAUGAUCGUUUUUGUAUGCGUCCCAACAUGGGGCGAUAAAGUAGCUCACCUUGCAUGGGCGCUUUGGUGGAUAGAUAUUGUCAUGGCCAUAUCCUGCAACCUUUACAUCCCCCAUUGUAUCAUGCGCACCGAGGGUAUUACACUCGAGCAAACGAAUCCAACAUGGCUUUUCCCCGUCAUCGCCGACAUUGUCGCGUCUGGGACCGGGGCUAUAGUAGCCAAUGUUCUUCCCAACGACCAACACGCUAUCUGGACUGUUGUCAUCAGCUAUAUUCUCUGGGGAACAAGUGUACCUAUGGCAGUUCUCAUCCUGGCUAUGUACUACAACAGACUCAUGAUUCACGAUGUGCUCCCGAGCCAAUCUGCUGUGACAGCCUUCAUCGCCAUCGGACCUCUCGGCCAAGGCGCAGCAGCCAUUCAGCUACUCGGCAAAGUUGCUCUAAAGAUCUUUGAAAGAAACGACUUCAUCCCCAUGGCACCCAUCGCAGGGCAAUUUUUCUAUCUCACUGGCAUCCUCACAGCUCUUAUAAUGUGGGGAUUUGCGAUUGCAUGGCUAUUCUUCGCUUUCGCUACUAUUGUCAGGCGCGAAUUUAAGUUCAGUAUUUCUUGGUGGGCGUUUACUUUCCCUCUUGGGGUCUUUACAGUUUCCACCACGACUUUGGCGCAAGAGCUUCCUUCACGAUUCUUCAAGGUUCUUGGAACUGUAUUUUCAGUCGUUGAGACAUUACUUUGGAUCAUGGUGGCUUGUAGGACUAUCAAGGCGACCUUGAACGGUGAGCUCUUUCAACCACCACCGCUUGAGGCGUGGGAAAAUAAAGUGGCGGAAACGGCAGAGGAUGAGAAGGUUGAGGAUUCUCCAGCUUAG